AUGGGUGGCUUCGUGAUUCGUUACGUUUUGUUGUCGGUGUCGAUAGUUGCCGAAGUCGUGAGUGGCACAGGUGAAAUUCAUUCCAACGAAGGCGGGAAAUUCGCGGAGUUUAAAAAUCAGACUGAAUACGCCGAAAUGGAAUUGCGGAGAGAUCUCACCUUGACGGCAGCAGAUGAGGUCCAUCUGUCGAACAUCGCUCUUCAGAUAAAAGAUGGCCACAUAUUCAACGUAACAUUCCAAGUUAAAAGGAAUCUGGUGUGCUCGAUCGUUGUUCACGAACGAGACGACGAUAGACCGAUGGAAGUUUUGAAAUCGAACGACAAGCUUUCCAACUGCAUAGAGCAGCCGGCAUCAACCACCGAAGCAGACCAGAGCAUGGAAAUCGAUUCUCUAAAUCCAAGCCUCGUCUGA